AUAUAUAUAUAUAUAUAGGCGCGUGCAUACACACAUUGUAUAUAUGCAUAUAUCAACACACGAAUGUAUAAAGACACACGCAUACACAUAUUGUACGCAUAUGAAAUUGUUAGUAAAACUAAUGCGUUAUGAAUAUUAAAAAUAUUAGUGUAAACGUAAGUGUAUUUUCUAUCUGCGUCCAAAUAUUUCCGAGUAGCAGACAACACAUUGCUUUUCCAUAAAACAAUCUGAAUAGUAUCUAUCAGUCCAGCUGAGCUGCUCUUCUUGAAACAGUCCUAUCUGUCAUCCUCAUAUCCAUAUAUUUAUUCGCUAUUGAUAUCACAUAAACUUUGAGUUUGGGCAGCUCUCCUUUAGUUUUUUUUUAAAUAUUAUACACAAAAGCAUAAAUAAAACCAAAUACUAAACCCCCUUCAUUCUUCGUCUCUCUCUCUCUCCCCCGUCCGCCAAAUUUAUAGACUUAUGUGACUUGCAGCAGCAGUAGCAACAACAGCAACACGUGUAUAGAGACAUACAUGAAACACGUUGCACAAACAUGCGAUUUCAAACUAUAUUAGUGGGUCUUUAUUUCUACUUGAUGUUUCCAGUCAACAUAAUUGGACUUUGGUGUACCUUAAGCGAAAUAAGUACGGCACUGCUCCUGCAUGUCGCAGACUCCAUGGCAGUUGGUAGUCCUCUUGAUAUGGAUCCAAAUGCAAUAUGCCGAAAAAGCCGGCGACUUGAAGGUAAACAACGAAGAAUUUGCAGAAAAGAACAAGAAAUUGUUCGUGAGAUUGCUAAAGGUGCAAAGUUAGCACUGUCUGAAUGUCAAUAUCAAUUCGCCGCACGGCACUGGAACUGUACCACGGCUAGGCGAUCUUUUGGCAAAAUAUUACGCCGUGAUUUGCGAGAAACUGCUUUCGUAUACGCCAUAACUGCAGCCGGUGUAACUUAUUCUGUGACCCAAGCGUGCAGUGAAGGAGCACUUCUUCAAUGUACAUGUGACCGAAAUAAUAUUAGAGAUAAAUCAACAGACGGUAAAUGGGCGUGGGGAGGAUGUGGAGAUGACGUAAAUUUUGGGUAUCUCAAGUCGAAGGAAUUUAUGGACGCGAAGAAAAAGAAGCGGUGUGAUAUAACAACAAAAAUUCGUAUGCACAAUAACGAAGCUGGUAGACUAGCUGUGAAGAACCAUAUGAGGAGAGUCUGCAAAUGUCACGGAUUGUCUGGAUCUUGCACAUUACAAACAUGUUGGCAGAAAAUGCCAUUAUUCAGGCAUGUUGGAAAUCGAUUAAAAGAAAAGUUUAAAGGCGCUUCGAAAGUGAUAAUUUCAAAUGAUGGACAGCACGUAAUUCCUGAAGGAGACACCAUAAAGAAACCAAGUGCUACAGAUCUUAUUUAUUCUGAAAAUUCGCCUGAUUUUUGUAGACCGAGUCGAAAGGCUGGUUCUUUGGGAACCAAAGGUCGCACAUGUGACUUGUACUCCAAAGAUGUCGGAGGCUGUGACCUUUUGUGCUGUAAGCGCGGUUACAAAAGAGGUUACCAAGUAGUAACUGAAAACUGUAAAUGUAGAUUUAUUUGGUGCUGUGAUGUUGUGUGCCAGAGAUGUGUUAAUAAUAAGACUAUUUACACUUGUUUAUGACAUCGUUCACUGAGCAUAUCAGUGAAACAGGAGUCAAAGCUACGGAGGAGUAACGUCAUAUGACUCAUUGAUGCGCUAUUAAGAAGAUAUAUUAAAAGAUUUAGAACAUUUAAUCGAAUCAAUUGAAAAAUAGAGUUAUUUUUCUAACAUUUAUUUCAGAAAAUAUCCUAAAUUGAAGCAUAAACUGAAUUGCAUUUGGCAUCUAUUUUCAAUCGAAAAUUAAUAGGAAGCUAAAGAUGAGGUUGUUAUGGUUAUUCUUGUCACUUAUUUAAAAUGAGUAAUUGAACAUAUCAAACACAAUACAUAUUAAUUUCAUUGCUUGUAUAAAGGAAAAAAAAACCCGAUUGACUAUAAAAUACCAACAAAAUAAAACUGAAAAUGUUUUUUAGAUGUAGACAGACAGAAGACUGGCUGUGAUGAUGGUUUCUCUCGAAAUCACAAAGAUAAUGCGAAAGUGUCAUCGAAACUUACUGUUUCGUCUUAUCUCGUAUAUACAUGCACACACAAACACACACACACACACACACACACACACACACACACACACACACACACACACACACACACACACACACACUCACACACACAUACGCACGCACACACAUACACACACGCGCGCGCGCGCACACACUCACAUGUACACACACACACAUAUAUAAAACAUUUGUAUAUUUUAAUUUGGGGACUGAAUGUAAAGACACUUAAAGACGUAAUUAUAAAUGAUGAAGAGGUUUAUAGAAACAAAACAAGACGAGACAGACACUUACAAAAAA